AUGAAAGAGUGUGAAAUUUAAUAAAAUGAUUCGAUUGAAAUGAUUAGAAUGCCCUUAGUGUUUUUAUUGGAUUUAAGAUUAGAAUGUGAUAAUUUGAAUCAUUAAUUUUUUUAUAUAUUUUUAAGUAAUUAAUGUUUUAAGCAGAAGAAAAAACCUUAUCAGAGCAACAAUUAAUUCUACAUCUAAUCCAUCAAAAUGAUUAUGAUACUCUCAAAGAAUUGGGCAUAAAUAAAGGUAUUUAUGGUUGAGUUUCAAAUAGCAAAUAUCAAUUUUUUGGAGUCCUUUAAUGAGAUUGAAGUAGAUUAGAAAAUAUCACCUUUGAUUUGUGCAUGUUACUUGGGAAGACUUGAGAUAGUGAAACUGUUGCUUUCUAAUACAUAAGUUGAUGUUGAUUUAGCAAGUAUGGAUUCAGGAUAAACUCCAUUAUCGAUUGCAGCCAUGACAGGAAAUUAUGAAAUUCUAAAAAUACUCCUUGACGCUGGAGCUGAAGUUAACAAGCCCAAUACCUUUAAUUAGACUGCGUUUAUUAUGUGUUUUGCACGAUUAGAAGAAGAAAAAAAUGUAUUUGAAAAUCGAAAAAUUUGUUUCAAAAUGGCUGAAUUGUUACUUCAUUACGGAGCCGACAUCAAUUGGAUUGUCGAUAAAACUCACGGGUUCAAUCUCCUGAUGUAGUUAUGUUCAAUAAGGAUGGAAUUGAAUUAGAAAGAAGCUGACAUCAACUAUUAGAUAAUUAAAUUCCUAAUUGAAAAUGGAGCCUAAAAGGACUUGUAAUCAUUAAAAGGGAAAAAGGCAUCGGACCUACUAAAAAAACAUUCAAAUAGAGAUAAAUUGAUGGAAUUGCUUCAAUCCACAUAAUAGUUAUACUUUUAUGGAAAACAGAAAAACAGCAGCAGAAAUUCCAAUCAACAAUAACAACUUCUUAUCAGGAAUGUUCCAAGACAAUAAAAAGUCUGA